AUGGAUCAAUCACAAAAACCUUCAUUUACAUACUUUACAGUACUUGUUUUAGGACAAUUCCCAAGAUUUUUAUUAAACUAUUUAGAUAUUGAUUUCGAAGAUAAAUACAUUGACAAAAUCGAAGAUUCAUUCAGAGCCCAACUCAAAUAUGGUCAAGUACCAUAUUUUGUUGAUAAUGAUGGUUUCAGCUUAACCCAAACCGGUCCAAUCAUUCGUUACAUUGCCUCAAAGUAUGCCAAUGCUGAUUUCCUCGGUAAAACUCUUAAAGAUAAAGCUAUUGUUGAUGAAACUAUUAAUGCCGUUCUCACUGAUGUCGUUUUACAAGGCUAUAAAGUCCGUAAAGGAGUUGAAGAUAUUAAAACUUUAGAUACCAUUAUUCCAAGAUACUUUGGUUCAUUUGAAAAAUCAUUAGCCUCAAGCACUGGCAAAUUUAUUUGUGGUGACUAUGUUACCUUAGCCGAUCUUUGUGUCUUCAUUGCUUUCCAUUAUUUCAUUUAUUUAGGUCAUUCUGAAAGUUUAACCAGCUACACUCAUUUACACGAAUUAAAAGCACACUUUGAAUCAAAUGCUGGUAUCCAAAAAUAUAUUACCACCAGACCAGUUUCUGAAAAGGGCAUUUAA